AUGGAGAUCAAGGAAAAAAAAGGCAGAAAGCUCUUCUUAUUUGUAUUGAAUCGUCUCACCAUCAUCAAAUUUCACCUCACUCAGACACGACCCUUGCCAUCUCUCUCCCGGUUCUUCAUAAAACCCAAUUACCGUUCUUCCAUAAAUUUCUACCUUACGCAUAAAAGACCAGCCAUCAACAUCUUCACCUCUUCAUUGUUCCGCAGCUACAACACAUUUACAGUAUUCUUCACCAACAAGAAUAGCACAACGACAUCUUGCAGUAACUUCAGCAUCCUUGCUCCGAUAAUUUUGGCUUUUCGAAUUGCAACAGGGAAUCCCUGUUUCGCAUACAGCGUCAGGCGAGCCACAUGCAACGGUCCUCUAGCGCAUCAUGCAUUCAUUAACAACAAGGUUUGGUACUUGAGGUCAAUGGUCACAGGAUUGGGGUUUCACUCAGGCAUCAGUGUUUCAUCUCUUUGCAACCUUAUCUCAUCUAAAGACUCAUGGGAUACAAACAAAAGCAUUGAAGGUCAUCUUCAUGUGCUCAUCAUCUCCAUAGGGAUUAGAGUUAUUUUCCUAAUCACGUGGAAUUCAAGAGGGAUCCGUGAAGUUUGUUCAUCAGUUCAUCUUAUCAUCAAAGAGAUUCCAUUAGUGCUUGAGGUACGAGAUUAUGGAAGACAUCUUGGUGUAUUCAUGGAACCUUAA